UAGGCAGGAAAUAAGAGUAUACGCAGCGUCGCGCUAUGUCACUUGUGACCGCCUCUUGUGCGCACUGCACAACGCCUUCCACUCGUCCUCGUGUCUGAAUUUUGAUUGCUCCUCGUCUUCAUUGUGGACCAAAGAAACAUUGAAGGUUUGAUCCAGCUGUUACUAAACCGAAAAAGAAGCACAGUGAUCCAGUGCGUUUGGGGAUCCAGCGCGUAACCAAGAUGACCAAGCGCAAAGGAAAAAUCAGCAACAAACAAGAUGACAGUUUGGCACUCUUGGAGGCAUCUGUAGCGCAACCGAGAGGAAUUAAAGAUAACGCGGUUCCUGCUGCUAUUUUCUUGAUUUUUAUUGUCGGUGGAUCAACAGCAGUGUGGUUCUGCAGUCAGCAACAACAAACCAUCGACAGUUUAUCGGAGACUGUCAAUGCUAUGCAGCUUAGGGUAACCAAGUUCCAACAGCAGUUGGGGUUUGGUAACGCACAGAUCACCAAUGUGGCUGUUUUCGAGGACCGUCUCCAGGCACUUGAAGACGCUUACAUGAAAGACGAAAAAAAUGCAGAAAUCGCCUUGGCCGCCUCCGAAAAGAUCCAAUCUACGGAUCUUCACAGUCAGGUGUGGUCUCUUCAGUCCGAGAUGAAUGCCAAACUUACUGAACUCCAACAGACGACCGUCUCCACAGCGACCUUGAAUGGCGUGAUCAAGAAUAAGACCGAAGAGUUGGAGAAACUCAAGCAAAGGCUUAAUUCGGUCCUCAGUGCUAACUCUGAAGUAGCGGUUGGCAUUUCUGGCCUAACGGACACAGUUUUCGUCACUACAUCGCGUCUCAAUGAACAGAUGUCUGCUGUGGAGGGUCUCGCCUCUCUGUUGGAGCAGCAGAGAACGGAGCUUACGAGCUUAAGAGAGUCUUUUGCCGACAACCAAAAGACUCUUGAGAGAAACAGACAGGAAGUCAUUGACAUCAAGGAUCUUUUGGAGAUGGAACAAGCAAGAAGUUCACAAGCUUUGGAGGAUCAGCUUAUGUCUGUUCGCAGGAGUCUGGAGGACCAUCAGAAGAGCACUCAUAGCCUUCAUUCCCACCUCGCUGCCCAGAUUGAGAUCAUCCAGAUCCAGAUGCUAUCUCAAAGCCUACAACCUGCUUCUACAGAGGAAGUGAUUGACGUAAAGGAGCAGCAUGUAGCAGCUGAGGUGGAGGAGGUUACGAUCAAGGGUGAAGAAUUUAUGGAAGAAGAUAAUCGGAGCGUAAUUGAGGAAGAAGACAUCGAAGGGGAUGUUGUAGAAGAUCAUGUGACAAUUGAGAAGGAAGAACCUGCUGAGGACGUUCAAGUACUUGAGGAAGCUGUUGAAGAGCAAGCUGAGGAGGAUGAAUCACCUGAGGUACAUGUUGAGGAAGAAGUUGUUGCUGAAGAGAAUGAUCGAGCUGAUGAGGUUCAGUUCAUUGAAGAUGAUGAAGAAAAGCAAGGAUUAACUGAACAGGAGGCAAUACCUGAGGAGUUUGAGGUCAAGGAAGAUGUUGUUGAGGACCUGGUGGUAUCGGAGGAGAAAGAGAUCGUCAAUGAACAUGAGGAUGAUAUACCUGAGGAUGUUCAAGUCAAGGAUGGAGAUGUUGACGAGGAGCAGGGUGAAAAUGAGGAGGAUGAAGCACCUGAGGAGGUUCAGGUUCAUAGAGAAGAAGCUGAGGAGGAAACCGAAGAGGCUGUUGCCAAGGACUUGACAGUUGAGGAAGUAGAAAGCAAAAUAAGUGAGGAUGCGGCUCCCACGGACCAUUCAGAUGAUCAACUGGUGGAAGAUAUCAAGGAAGAAGAGAGUCAGCAGAAAGCGCUUGAAGAAACUGGAGAGCAACUAGACUCUGAAGUAGAGGAACCUGCGGUGGAGUUUGUGGAAGAGCUAAAUGAACAGGAUUUCAUCCAGUGAUGCUUAAGUUGAAGAUGAAGAUAAAAAAAGACUUCAUGAGGAUUUGAAGGAAGUCCCUUGUGUCGUCACAGUAUGUGUAACAUUCGCACUUGCUGUAAUGUUCCUUAGUCUUAUGUCAUACCGGAACGUGAACUGAUCCUAGUGACGAUUUUCAAAUUCAGUUAAGAAGUUGUUGUUUUCUGAACAUGGUGAAUUCCUCCGUUUACAUAGAAAUGUAAAAAAGGUUUGAUGUUCUUGUACUUCAUUACACAUUAAACAAGUUGUAGUAUUUUCCAUACGAUGGUAUGCAUGCUGAAUAACCUCAGGGGUGUCACUUGAAUAAACUACUUUUUAUGUUUUUUACUACUUCACUGUCGCAGGCUUUCUUGUUGAGACACUCUUCUUUAGUUGUCUCUUGAAACCGGACACGUGCUGUGUGUGUAUUUUUGCAGCUCUUAGGUCAGGGACUCUGGAAUGUGGCACUGCUCUUGAACGCUGGUGUCUCAUUUGUAGCAAUGGAGCUCAUCAAAUCCCUGAAAGAUGAGAUGUGCACCUAGUGUCCUUCUAGACCAAACCACAAUUUAUGUUCCUUAUGAGAGCCUUUUUAGU